CGGCAACGGCGGCGGCGGCCCACCCUCAACGGCGGCGGGGAGAAGUCGCCCGGGGCCGGGCCGGCCUCGCUGGGCGCCGCUGACUUCCGCGAGGCUGGAGUACGAGCUGCCGGGCGGCAGGCGCGUGGGCGCGGCGGCGGCUGGGCCGCGGGCGGGGCGCUGCGGCGGCGCGGGCGCGCGGGCGCCGGCGCAGGCGCCGGGGCGGUGGCGGGCGCUGGCGCGGGCGCCGGCGCUGGCGCUGGCGCGGGCUCCGCCUACGUGGGGCAGCGCCUGGCCAAGGGCGCCCCCGGGGGCGGCGGAGGCGGCGGCAGCGGCGGCGGCGGGGGAGUCGCCGUGGACCGCGACCGAGACGGGCUGGACCUGGAGGAGUCCCCGCGCAAGAUGAACCACAGCACCGACCUGGACCUGCAGGACCCGAAUGCGUCGACAUUUCCGAGUCGCACGCGCACGCGCGCGCGCGCACCGGUGCGUGCGUUGCAUGCAAAUGACUCUCGACGCCGAGUGGCGGCGGCGGCGCGGCGCGGGAACAGUGGUGACAGCGUCGCGGCGCCGCGCGCGCACGGCGUCACGGCGGCGGCGGCGGCGGCGGCAACGGCGCUAGCGCUAGCGGUGGCAGGGGAGGCGGGCGAGGACGACGACGACGACGACCGGCGACAGCGACGGCGAAAGCGAUGUUCGACCCCGAUCCAAUACGCGCGGCGUAGCCUUGCCUCGGGACGCACGGAGUCGGGCUGCGAGUCUGACGACGGCGAGGCGGCCCUGCUGGACCUGUCGGCCGACACGGGCUCCACGGAGGACCUGGGCGACACGGAGGUGGGGCUGCAGGUGGGCCACUCGCGCAACUUCACGCUGUCGCCCGAGACGACCGACUGCGACUCCAACUGCGGCGACCUGGACUCGGAGGCGUCGCUGCUGCUGCUGGACGCGGAGCCCGGCGUCGGAGUGGGCGUGGGCGGCGGCGCGGGCGGCGGCGGCGCGGGCGGGCCCGGCGGCGUGGGCGCCACGCUGGGCGCCGACCUCGGCCCGCCCGACGCCUCGCGCCUCUACUCCAGCAUGCCCGUGCUGGAGGACGGCCUUUCCUCCGGACACGCCUCCGACACCGACAACAACCCCACGGUGCUGCUGAUGAAGCGGCAGAUCACGGAGAUCGAGCGCGAGAUCGUGCAGCGCACCAGCUCCUCGGGAGGCGGCGGCGGGGGCGGCGGCGGCGGCGGCGGCGGGCGCGGGGGCGGCGGCAAGGCGGGCGCCGGCAGCAUCUCCCCGGCCGGCGGCGGCGCCAAAGAGGACUCGUUCGCCGCCUACGACCCCACGGCCGACCCCGAACUGGAGGCGCUCGACCCCUUGGAUGCGCUAAAGGCAGUAGCGUUCCAUAACCCUUUAUGGAUGCGAAGUGAAAGUUUUGCUCGCGUAUUGCUCUUGUUUAUGGAAGAGCUCUUUGUGUGGAUUGUGGAACACGUAUCGUGCGCUCCGCCGUAUCGCAAGUGUGUAUGUGUGUGGGAGAAUGUGUGCCGAUAA